AUGACGAUGCCCUCAGUGCAAGUGGAGUGCUCUGCUGGCUAUAUGAAGGUCAUGCUAGAGACAUCCUAUCUUAGCCUUUUGAACUAUACUGUCAAUGAUGUGUAUGUGAAUGAUCCAGGCUGCCAACCAGUUGCCACAGAAUCCUAUGUGGUGUUUAAUAUUCCACUUGAUGGCUGUGGGACAGAUCGAAAGGCCGCCAACAACAGCAUCAGGUACAUGAACAUGGUCAGAGCAGAGCCCUCGGGGGCAGUGAUCAUUCGGCAGACCAAGCUGCAGCUGCGUGUGGGCUGUGAAAUGCAGCGAGACACCGUGGUGCGUGUAGUGUACCUGUCCAGAGAGGAGGAGACGGCCAAUGUGACCAGCUCUGGCCGCUACAAUAUCAGCAUGGCCUUCUACCACUCCAGCAGCUUCCUGAGCACAGUGGAGGAGUUCCCCUACAUUGUGGAUCUCAACCAGGACCUUUUCAUUGAAGCUCAGCUCUACAGCAGUGACUCCAACCUGGUGUUGUUCGUGGACACCUGCGUGGCUUCCCCUUCAGAUUUUGACUUCCAUUCCCAAACCUACACCCUGAUCAAAAAUGGGUGUGUACGAGACGGCACAUAUGGUACCUACAACGCUCCCCUUGGUAGGGCACGGCUUCACUUCAGCUCCUUCAGGUUUCUGCGUACCUAUCCCUCAGUCUACCUGCAGUGCAAAAUUGUAGUGUGCCAGGCCUAUGACUAUUCCUCACGCUGUUACCAGGGGUGCCAACCCCGCAAGAGGAGGGACCUGAGUUCCUCCCAUGAGAAAGUCAACGUGGUACUGGGGCCCAUCCAGCUGAGGGACCAGGCCACAGGAGAACUGCUGAGCAAGCAAGAAGCCCCCCUGGGUCAGAGCCCUUCAGGACAGAUCCCGAUGAUGCUUUCUUUCAUGGUGCUUGUGGCUACAGUCUUGGCACUGGCUGCUGUCUCUCUCAGGCUGUACAGGAAUCAGCAGAAAGUAUAUGCUGGAUAUAAAAUUCUCAAAAACUAA